AUGUCUGCAAUGGAUAUAGAUUCAAACGACGUUUCCACCGUCUUAGCCACAAUAAGACUGGAACUAGAUAACUCCGAAUUAAUCUCCUUGUUCUAUCAAUUGGAAGAUUAUUAUGAACGUAAAUUAUGGCAUCAAUUAACUCAACAAUUGGAUGAGUUUUACUACAAGUUUGACCAAGAUCAAAUCUCAGCCGAAUUGAAACACAAGAUUUAUACACAAUUUAUUCAACAAUUUGCCAUGAAGUUGAAUUUAAUCAAAGUUGUCGAUUUCUUAAUUGCUUCGGGGUUUAAUGAUGAAACUACAUUGGAUAAAUUGACAAGUUUGAAACAAGAAUACAUCAAGUAUCUCAAACGGGAAAACAAUUUCAAAGAUAAUGAAGAUGGGUCAGAAGAUCCCGAGUUCACAACACUUUUAUUUAAUGAUGAAUCAUUAAUUUAUAUUGAUUUACAAAUUAGUCGUUAUUACUUGUACUUGAAACAAUUUGAACAAAGUGAAUCAACAAUGGCCAAAAUUGAGCUGAAGUUUGAUAAUUUAAAUAAUGAUUUAAGUGCAAAGAUUAAUGCUGCUUAUUACUUGACUAAAUCAUUGGAGUAUAAAUUACAUGACAAUUAUAAUGCUUAUUAUACAAAUGGAUUAUUAUUUCUUUCUUCAGUACCUUCAUUAACAUCAGAAGAAAAAGUCAAAUUAUGCUAUGAUUUAUGUAUUGCUGCGUUAUUGGGUGAUAAAGUUUACAAUUUCGGUGAGUUAAUCUUGCAUGAUAUCUUGCAAGAAAUUGCCGCUGAAGAUUCACCAUAUAAUUGGUUAUACAACUUAAUUCAUGCAUUAAAUGCUGGUGAUUUAUCCCAAUUCAACCAUUGGUUAUCCAUUGCAUUUACCAAAUCACCUCAAUUACGACUGCAUCAAGUGUUUAUUAAACAAAAGAUUAUUAUAAUGGCAUUAUUGGAAUUAAUUUCGACAAAGUCAACCACAAAUAAACGUAUCACAUUUAAGGAAAUCAGUGAGUUUACGGGAACUCCUUUGAACGAUGUUGAACAUUUGAUUAUUAAAUGCUUUUCAUUGAAGUUGAUCCAGGGUUAUAUCAACCAAAUCGAUGAAAUAUUGGUUAUAACUUGGUUACAACCAAGAAUAUUGAAUUUAAAACAAGUUUAUAACUUGUAUACUCAUUUGGUUGAUUGGGAUCAUAAAGUUGAACAGUUGGGUAAUCUUGUGUAUCAAAGCGGAGGAACCGUAUGGGCUGGUAUAUAG